AUGGGGCAGUCGUGCUCAUGCUUGGACCAGAGCCACCCGCACAGCCGGCGACGCUCGAGCUCGAGCCCCAUGUCGCUCCAGGGCGACGCCACGGCGCGCGCCGAGGGCCUCCUCCACCAGCCGUCCAAGGCUAUCGAGGCCAGCGUCGUCAAGCGCAAUCCGCGCACACUCGACCACGAGUCGGCGUACACAGCCUUCGUCUACAAGGGCAUGGAGCAUCCGCCGAGCUCCAAGAAGACAGAGGCCAGCGGUGUGAGCGAGCCGAGGUCUUCGACCGAUACGACAAUCUUGGAGCUCGAGUGUGUUAUGUGCCUCGACACGUUCUCGGACGAGAACCCCAAGAUCCGGACGCUCUGCAACUGCGGCGUCAACAGGACCAACUUUCACCUCGCGUGCUUAGCUGCCCCGUGUGUCGGGCAGUGCUCUUUUCGAGGAAAUUAA